CAGUCAGAGAGACUCAGAGGGGGAAAGUCCCUCCCUGUGUUGGACCUCUGUAUGGACCUCUGUAUUGGCUGCAGCAGCAUCCAGCCAGGCGAGCUGUCAGCCAAUCAACGGAGGCGCAGCUGCAGGCAUCGGAGCCUGCUUCUCAAACCGGUUAACGGAGCAGGACAGACAGACAGACAGACAACGAACCGGAGGGGCUGCAGACAGAACCGACUUCUAAUCUGCAAAAAAAAAAAAAAAAGCAUGGAAAUGGAGAAGAAAACCACAGAUUUCUCAGGAAAAUGGAAAAUGAAGUCUUCGGAAAAUUUCGAGGAUCUUUUGAGAGCUCUGGGUGUGAAUGUGUUCCUGAGGAAGAUCGCAGUGAGAGCGGCCUCCAGCCCAGCGGUGGAAAUCACCCAGCAGGACGAGAGCCUGUCCAUCAAGACGUCCACCAGCGUCCGCACCACCCAUGUCUCCUUCACCGUGGGUCAGUCCUUCAACGAGAGCACGGUGGACGGACGUCCCUGCACGAGUCUUCCUAAGUGGGAAACAGACAGCAAGAUCAGCUGUGAACAGACUUUACAGAAAGGCGAUGGGCCCAAAACGGCGUGGACCAGAGAGCUGACCAACGAUGGAGAACUGAUACUGACAAUGACUGCAGGGGACGUCGUCUGCACCAGAGUUUAUGAGAGGGAAUGAGGAAACACUUUUCAAGACGGUCACACAAUACUCCUGUUUUGUGCCUCGUGCAUGGUUUACAUUUAUUCGCCUUGUUUUCUUCUUCUUCUUCUUCUUCUUCUUCUUCGUCCUCCUCCCAGCCAGUCAGAUGUUGGUCAGAGCUCAAACGGCUUCAGUUUACAUGGAUGGAUGUUGGCUCAGUAGUUACUUUUAUAUAACGCCAAAGCUGAACUCGCUCUUUGUGUAUCAAAAUGUCACACAUUCCUUUUCCUAAAAGCGGUGUCUAAAUCCCUUUUUUCAACAUGUUAAUAAACUGUUUUAUAUGAA